ACGAGACAUGCAGUCCUCCGAACGCCCGAUGGCGAGGUUGCGUCUUGCGCCGACACUGCAGCGGCGUACCAGGCACGCGGCGUCGUGCCGCGGCCUCGCUCGAUCCGCUCCAUGGGAGCGCGCAGAUGAUGAGCGGGCAAGCACGCUAGGGUUGAGGUCUCUCGGCCGGAAUGCUGUGCGGCAGUACGCCACAGGCGCUGCGAGCGAGGGUCGGCGAGGACCGAGCGACACAAUGCAUGGAGCGGCGUGCGGCGCAGGAGCGACUUGGGCAUCGAGGGGACGUCCUGCACCUGCGCGCGGCGAGGCGGCUCGUUGGCCGCGGGCGAGGCAGCGAAGGCUCUCUGCUUGAGCUCGAGCCGCCGCCUUCAUCACGCCGCGGCUCGGCAGCUGGGGUGCGGCCGGGCCACACGCACGCUGCGCACCCACACUACGCCGCGCGAAGCGAUCCGAGCGCAGAGCGGCGCGCUCCGUCCUGAUCGCCCGGGCAGCGAGGCGAGGCCAGAUGCCGACGGCGUGGGUCGGGGUUCUCUGGAUGCCCUCGUGCGACCUUUCGUGAACCGCGAAGGCCAGGUCCGCCGGAC